CCAUGCACUAGUGCACACUAGUUCAGAAAGUUCUUCGAAAAAGAACAAACCUACUGUAUGUAAACUGUGCCGAGUUUCUGGAUGUAUCUCUAGAUGAACCUUAUUAAUCAUGACAUAACGACAAGUGUUUAGACAGGACAAGUGGGAUUUAAAGUCUAGCUUGAAAAGAUGGGAGGUCAUGAGCAUGGUCAUAAGCCACCGUAUGUGAUACCAAAUCAUGAAAUUUACAAGGUGGAAGAUGUCCCGCAAUUAAAAGCAGUUCAGGAAAAGUUAGCCAAGCGAGGAUUAAAGGAUCCUUGGUUGAGAAAUCAUGUGUGGCGUUACCAAACACAAUAUAAUAAACAUAUACCACGUCCAUUAAUAAUUCUAACUAGAGGCUGGAGAAUUGCCAUACCAGCGUUUCUAAUCACCAUAGCUGUGGAGAAAUAUUUUGGCAUCGAUUAUUCUGGUCAUUCUCAUCACAAGGAUAACCAUGGGGAUGACCAUCACUAAUAUCCAACUUAGGUAUUAACAUUGUGCAUUAAAAAGCAAUAGUAUGGGGUAGUUGAUAAUGUCACUAUAAAAUGUGAUAGCUGCAUGAAUAUAUUAAGAUACAAAAAUUCUCCAUUCUUUUGAUAAAAGACUCUUGUGUCUGUUUUAUAUUAUUAUUUGCUAAAAAUCUUGUUUCAGUUUUCUGUAUACAAAUGUAAAAAUAUGAUUCUAAUUAAUAAUCAUAGAAUAAUCAAAAAUUAAUUUUAAGCUUUAUAUAGAUUAUUACAAUAAAAUUCUUAGUUGAAUGAGGACUAACUUUAAGAAUUAA